AUGUUUGAGCGGUAUGUGGCAUCUUCUAGCCAACAAGUGUCACACAAAUGCAACCAAUCUUUGGUGGGUGGGGGUAAAGUAUGGGCACAAAUGCGUAGGAGUGGAGAGUUGAGAGUGGAAGCCACAAUUGAAGGACUGUUCAUGGUGGUAGUAGAAGAGGAAGGAUGUGUUCUGUGGAAUUUUCCGUCUUUAGGGAAGAUCCCUUUAACCGUAAAGGCAAAAAUUCUGGAGCUUCUCGAGUCAGGAAAAGAGGGGACACCCUGUCUCGUACCAGAACACGUCCUUCUUCUCUUACCACCACCACCACACUCCUUCCACUUCCAAUCAAUGUUCUCUCUUUGUCAUCUUUUGUCUCGAGCAGGAGCUGCAAUCAAACGCUUCGUGAAGGGUCGUCGUGAUAAUGAGCGUGGUGUUGUUGUUGUGUUGUCUGAAGUGGUCUCAACAAGGGUUGACAUCGUUGUCCCUCCGCAGACACCUCCAUGCACCUUCAUCAUCCCCACCACCAUCCAUUCCGGUACUCCCGUUCUGCCUGUAUCCCUCCGCCGUCCUCGUUGCCUUUCAUUCACAGCAAUGGCCCGCCCCUCUCAAUACUACUCCAGUCAAGAUCCAAGUGUGGUGAAGAAUGAAGUUACGAAGGAGUAUGCGUCGAUCUGUACGGGGUGGGAUUCAUGGUUUGUUCAGGAGGAUAGGAUCAUGUGUCUGGCCAUUGGGUGGGAAGUCUACCAUGAUCAUUUCUCUGCGAUCCACCACGCGUACAUCUAUGAUUCGCCGAGGGGGAGGGUUUGGUCGAACAAUGUGAAGGAGCGCUCGAAGAUUGUUGGACGUGGAUACGUUGUUAUUCCUAACCGAUAUGUCUGGCACUUUGCUACUUGUGGUAACACUAUGCCUAGGAGCUCAUCAGAUCUUCAUCAAUGGCUUUUAGAGGAUCAUUCACAGUUGAGUGUUCGAGAGGAUGUUCAGCUUACCUUUGAUUAUGGACUUCUUCCACUACAUGUCAGUGCUGAUGCAUUUCCGGGGGCAUGGUUUUUGAAGGAUGAGCGUAGAUCGAGGAAGGAUUGGGGAUGGCUUGUGGAUGAGGAAGCGGAAGACGAGUAG